AUGUUCCAUAACCCUCGCAGUAUUUGUCAUUAUUUUAAUACUGAGAACGGUUGUAAGUUUGGGACUAACUGUAAGUUUUCACACGCCAACAUUCCAUCUUCUAACCCAGCAAAUAUAAAUAAAAAUGAAACAGUAAAAGGAAAUUUCGACAGCAACCCGCAGUCAACAGCCUUACAAUCUCGUCUGCCAAUUGACCAUAGCCAUUAUGAAGAAACAGUAGAAAAUACUGCUGCUCCUGCUUCUCCGACGUCACUACCUUCAAGUCACACAGGAUCAAAUUAUAAUGACGAAUCUGUAAGAACCAAAGUUGCCCAUUCGAGCAUUCAAGUUUCUUCAGAAGAAGCUGAAGAAGAUCAUUCUCAUAAUGAAGGUGAAACAAAGCCUUGUUUUCAAUACUCUAAAUAUGGACACUGCCGAUUUGGUGCUAGAUGUAGAUUUAGUCAUGCAAAUAAUUUGAAGAAAUCUGGCCAAGAUGGUAAGAAAAAAAGUACCAAACAGGUGAAUGCACCUUCACCAAAUAUACACAUAGCAGCAGAGUCCACACCGCCUGUGGUCAAACCUAAUGGAUCCGAGAAGAAAGCGAAGACUCCAGUGACAUGUCGCUACUUUAUCACUGGCCGAUGUAGGAGUGGAGCUAAAUUUGCCCCAAGACCAGCUUUUGUACCGCCAACAUUAAGAAAAGAAAUCAGGCGUGAUAACAUUGGCCAGGAAGUCAUAAAAAAACUUCAGGCAACAGAACUUGAGCAGCUAAAGAAAAGAUUCCCAUCAGAUAAGCUGGCAAUCAUAAAAGAAUCAGAUGAUGGCGAGAAUGUUUACUGUCUUAGCUUCAAACCAACUGAUCCAGAUUGGCCAUUCGAUGUCAAUGUGUAUGACAUUCAGCUGACAUUUCCUUCUAACUACCCAGUUAAGAUGUUCAAGGCAGAGUUACCAACUGACCAGGAUCUUCCUGAAACUGUGAGAAGGUAUAUAUCGGCAUCUAUCUGUGAGUGGUUGGACCAUAAAGAAACUGAACUGGAGAGUCGUGGUGUCCUGGAGCUUACAUUCCGUCCAUUCAUUCACUGGCUGGAUAAAGAUUUGGAGGAGAUUGUUACAGAGGGCCUUAGACAGCUACAAAGAGAAUUGAUGGCAAAAGCUGCAGGGUUCGAGUUCAUCCCAGCCAGUGUGUUGAGGGAGCGAUUAAGGGGAAAGAACUCUACAGGCUCAGAGGAGGAGGAAAGUGAAGAGGACAGUGAGGAGGAUAAAGAAAUGGAGAAUGUUGUUGUUUAUAGGAAGAAAGACGAGGAGGAAGUCUAUUGUGGUCCAGAGGCAUUAAGUUCAGAUGAUGAAGAAGAUGAAGAUGACUUGAACAUUGUCACAGGGAAGUUUGAGGAGGCCAAUCUUAAUGCUGAAAGAAAAGGAACAGAGAUCCGACUCCGCAACUUAGUGAUGAAGGAGACUGUCUCCACAAUGACCUACACACAAAUCAAGGUUGUUGUCCAGUGCUCCCGCUGUAAGAGUAACACUGACAUCUUGACCCCUGUUGGAAGGGUCAAUUUGAUUCCAUGUUUUAAGUGUCGUACUCAGAUGUUGUUGACCUUCAGACCUGCCAUCAUGCAUUCUUACUCCUCAAUCAUGGGCUACCUUGACCUUGAAGGAUGUGUGCCGUUUGACCUCCUCCUACAGGACUCUGCAUACAAACUAGGCUGUAUGAACUGCAACAAGGAGACUAAAGUUGAUAGUUUGUAUCCUGGUCAGCCAAUGGACAGUUGGUGUAAGUCAUGCCACCAGAAACUCCGCGUUUCAGCAGAAGAUGCCAAGUUUACACUACUGCUGCCUACAGUAGUGGAGACAGAAAAUAGAAAAGUUCAUGAGGUCAAUGUGAAGAAAGUGAAAAGGAUCGUCAAGGAUCCUGUCAUUAAGUUUGGGAACCCUCUACCUGACAAUGGCACCUGUAAACACUACAAAAAGAGCUUUCGCUGGUUCAGAUUUCCCUGCUGUGGAAAGUGUUAUGCCUGCGACCUAUGUCAUGAGGAGGGUGAGGAUGGGCAUGAGAUGGUACUUGCCAAUCGAAUGAUUUGUGGCUUUUGCUGUAGAGAACAACCAUUUGCUUUGGAGAAACCCUGCAUGUCUUGCGGUCACUCGAUGACCAAGUCCACCACAUCUCACUGGGAGGGUGGAUUGGGCUGUCGUGACAAGAUCCGUAUGAGCAAGAACGACUCCCAGAAAUAUGCGAAUAUGAACAAGACUACAUCAAGGAAAGCUAUUGAGAAACAUCAACCAAAUAAGAAGAAAAACACCAAACUGAGGCACUCUUCCAAAUAGUCCACACUGCUGUUCAAAUGGACACAGCAAUAUGCUUCAUAUAUAUAAAUACUUAUAUCUGGACAGACAGGACACCAAUUAAGUAGUCCUCAUAGCUUUGCAAAUGCACAAAGCGAUAUGCUACAUAUAUAUAGAUACCUAUAUCUUGAUGGACAGGAUGUCCAAUAACCAGUCCACAUAGCUGUGCGAAUGCACUGGAUGUAUCUGGAUGGACAGGAGCCGAAAUAAAUUGUAUGACUGUUCAAUAGGUUAUUCAGUAAAAGAUUCAAAAUUGUGUGAAAUUGUUCAUGUGUAAUGUUCAGGGUCGUGUACCCUAGUUUGAGUAUUUUUUGUGUUAUGAUCAGGAUUUUAAAUCCUAGUUCGAGUUUUUUUUGCAUUAAACCAUGUAAAUGUUUGGCCCAUAUAAGGGGUUUAUUGGAUAAUGUUAACAAUCAGCUUGCUACAUUAAAGUUCUCCAUUAUAUAAGGUUGAGUCCUUGGUUUGAAACUUAAUACCAAACCGUAAAAAUUGGGUUCCUGGACUUUAGUUAUUUCUUUUUAAUUAUUUAUCUUCCAUUUCUUAUUUUUGUGCAUCUUUCAAUAUUAUCUGCGAUUCUUAUACAUAAUGGGAUUACACAGGAUUUUGUAUUAUUCUAGUUAUUACCAGUUUAGAUGUUCUUUGUUUUCUGUAUUUGGAUAUUUAUGUAUAAAGCAUAAGGUAUAUAUUUUAGAAUUUUUGUUGGCAAAGAGUACAGAAUAUAAGCAGGACAGACAGUCUAAUAUCUGUAUAAUAUGUAGAUUAUUCAUGAUGUCAAUUGGAUUUGUCCAUCAUAAUGUUAGGUCUCUGUAUAUGCAAUAUUUGAAUAAUGCUAAAUCCCCAUGUGGCUUUAUGGGGUACAUGUGUACAGUCUCUGUAAUUCUGGGGGAGAUUGACGUCUGUAAAUUCCCUGGCUCCGCCCCCUAACACUGCUAUAGUGGGGGCCUUGAGGAGGGGCCCUCAGAACCAGAGAUGUUAGUAUGACAUGUUAUAUACAGUGUGGUUGCCGAAAUACGGUGGUCACUUUGACAUUUGAUGGAUAUUCACGAUAGGCAAGCAUGUUGUUAGCUCACCUGGUCUGAAGGAUAUGGCACGGCAUCCGGUGUCCAUCCAACAACUUUUCAAAAAAACAAUACUAGUCAUGAACAAAUCUGUGGAUUUUGACCAAAUUCUAUCCAAAGCAUUUUGACCAAAUUCUGUCCAAAGCAUUCCUGGCUAAAGGGCAACCAAUUCUUUUUUAUAAAUGGUGGAUCUGGACCACGAGAGGUCCAAGAGGUGGGCCCAAUAGUGGAAAUAUAGCAAAUUCUUCGAAAUCCUUCUUAUAUAAUGUAGUAAUAUCAGAAUUUGGUCCAUAUUUGGUCAGAAGCCUCCUUUGGUGAAGGAAAAUCAAUUUUGUAUGAAUAGGCGCAGUCUUUUUAUCAAAACUGAAACUUUCAAGUUUGCAUGAAUAAAUGCGAGAUCAAAGUCAUCUAACAUCCAUUUGUACAUGUAUUACUUGGUAUGAAUUUGUAUUUAAGUCCUGUACAUAUAUAGGUACGUAUUAAUUUGUAUUAAAUUCUUGUACAUGUAUGAUUAUAGAUGAAUCAAUGUUGAAGUGAUUUGAUUUUAAUCAUAUACGUGUACAAGUACCUAAUAUUGAUAAGCCAUAUUGUUUUUUUUGUUUUUUUUUUCAGUUUGAAAUAGAUACUGUAUUUGGUUAUGCUCUGAUUAUAUUCAUAUAUGUGUACAUGAACCUAAUAUUGAUGAGCCAUAUUGAUUGUUAUUUUUUUUUUUUUUUUGAGUUUGAAAUAAAUACUGUAUUUGGUUAAU